CCCGGCGCGGCUCGGCGGCGGUUGGCGGGGCCGGGCCGCUUCCUGCCGCUGAGGAGGGGCCCGGCGGGGUGGGUUCGGCUCGGCGCGGCUGCUGCGGGACCGCGGCUCGGCGGCGGACCCCCCUGCCCGGCGUCUUGAAGCACAAGGUGAAGGUUUCUCUUCACGGUGCAUGGACGGAAAGCCAAUGCGCAGGUGUACCAGUACUCGACCAGGAGAGACCGGAAUGGAUGUGACUAGCCGUUGCACACUCGGAGAUCCUAACAAGCUGCCAGAAGGGGUGCCGCAACCUGCUCGCAUGCCCUACAUCUCUGACAAGCACCCUCGACAAACUUUGGAAGUCAUCAAUCUUCUCCGGAAGCACCGGGAGUUGUGCGAUGUGGUGCUAGUAGUCGGUGCGAAGAAGAUCUACGCCCACAGGGUGAUUCUCUCAGCCUGCAGCCCUUACUUCCGAGCCAUGUUCACCGGGGAGCUGGCAGAGAGUCGGCAGACAGAAGUUGUCAUCAGAGACAUCGAUGAAAGAGCCAUGGAACUGCUGAUUGACUUUGCAUACACCUCUCAGAUCACUGUGGAAGAGGGAAAUGUCCAGACCUUGUUGCCAGCUGCUUGCCUUCUCCAGCUGGCCGAGAUCCAGGAGGCCUGCUGCGAGUUCCUUAAGAGACAGUUGGACCCUUCCAAUUGCCUGGGCAUCCGAGCUUUUGCUGACACUCACUCGUGCCGUGAACUGCUGAGGAUUGCUGACAAAUUCACACAGCAUAACUUCCAGGAGGUAAUGGAGAGUGAGGAGUUCAUGCUGCUCCCUGCCAAUCAGCUCAUAGACAUUAUAUCCAGUGAUGAGUUAAAUGUUCGCAGCGAAGAGCAGGUGUUCAAUGCGGUGAUGGCCUGGGUGAAAUACAGCAUCCAGGAGAGAAGACCCCAACUGCCACAGGUUCUGCAGCAUGUGCGUCUACCGCUGCUGAGUCCCAAGUUUCUUGUGGGUACAGUGGGCUCUGAUCCGCUUAUUAAGAGCGAUGAGGAAUGCCGGGAUCUAGUGGAUGAAGCUAAAAACUAUCUGUUGUUGCCCCAAGAGAGGCCACUGAUGCAAGGACCAAGAACUAGACCGCGCAAACCCAUCCGCUGUGGAGAAGUGCUCUUUGCAGUGGGCGGCUGGUGUAGCGGGGAUGCGAUUUCCAGUGUUGAGCGCUAUGACCCUCAAACCAAUGAGUGGCGGAUGGUGGCUUCCAUGAGCAAAAGGCGCUGUGGUGUUGGAGUCAGCGUUCUGGAUGACCUCCUCUAUGCCGUGGGAGGCCAUGACGGUUCCUCUUAUCUUAACAGUGUAGAAAGGUAUGAUCCAAAGACCAAUCAGUGGAGCAGUGAUGUGGCCCCCACCAGCACCUGCAGGACCAGUGUUGGAGUAGCAGUUCUUGGGGGCUACCUCUAUGCUGUGGGUGGUCAGGAUGGUGUCUCUUGCCUCAACAUUGUGGAAAGGUAUGAUCCCAAAGAAAACAAAUGGACUCGAGUGGCUUCCAUGAGCACCAGGCGCCUGGGAGUUGCAGUGGCUGUGCUAGGGGGCUUCCUCUAUGCUGUGGGAGGCUCUGAUGGGACUUCUCCUCUCAAUACUGUGGAACGCUACAAUCCCCAGGAGAACCGCUGGCACACAAUCGCACCCAUGGGGACGAGGAGGAAGCACCUGGGCUGUGCGGUGUACCAAGACAUGAUAUAUGCUGUAGGCGGCAGAGAUGAUACGACAGAGCUCAGUAGUGCUGAGAGAUACAACCCUCGAACCAACCAGUGGUCUCCUGUUGUGGCCAUGACAUCCCGCCGGAGUGGAGUUGGCCUCGCAGUGGUGAACGGACAGCUGAUGGCAGUGGGGGGUUUUGAUGGCACAACGUACUUGAAGACCAUUGAGGUGUUUGAUCCGGAUGCUAACACGUGGAGGUUGUAUGGUGGGAUGAACUACCGGCGGCUGGGAGGAGGAGUAGGUGUUAUCAAAAUGACACACUGUGAAUCCCAUAUAUGGUAAGCAUCAAGAGGGAGGGAGACCCCUUGGUUCUCAUUCCUAGAAAAACUGAAGAGACUUGUUGACACUGGACCUCCUUGCAGCUCUAGUAUGCACGGUCUAGAUCCAAUGUAACUCUUUGCCGGUGACUCUUUCUAUGGAAUUACAAAAAUGACUUCUGUGAGCGUUUGCCCAAUGGGAGACCACGUUGUCAGACUCCAGGGAACCACUGGACAAAAGUAUAAGUGUUGCUUAUGUCGGUAUUUUUUCUAAAUAGUCUACACUUUUGAAUAAACCAAACUGUAAAAGCUAUUGUAGCGUAAACAAUGCUGACGUAGAGACCACGUGCUGAUACUGGGAGUCUGGCAAGGAGGCGGGUUUCCUGCUUUCCCUCCUGCUGUGAGCAGUGGAUGUGGCAGCUGUGUGGUGGGUGAAAGAGGAAAGUGAUACAGAAAACAUUGCUUUUGCCUUAUUUACAGAGAGCUUCAAAAAAGUACUUGACCUGCAAGGUGCCACCUUUGCACAGAAGCUUUUCUGUGCACAGAGUAUAUUUAUUUUUUCAUUUAAUUUGUAUCAUGUAUUUUCUUUGUAUCGCUCACAGCGAUGAUUCCAGCUUUUUAUAUUACAUAUAUAUGUGUGCGCAUAUAUAUAUAUGUAUUUUAUAUAUAUAUGUAUAUGUGCAUGUGCAAUUUGAGUUUUGACAAGCUGGUGGGUAGGGCAGGGCUAUGUCCUGCCAGCUAUUGUGGUUCCAACCCUUGUGGUAUGUUUUAGGGUCUCUUAGAGUACAGGAGAGCUAUGAGGAUGGGUGCCCUGACUAUCUUUUCAGUCUUGCUGGAGGCAAGAAGUAGAACUGGAACUCUCAUCUAUCGACUGAAUCAGUGAAGUGCCCAAAAAAGGGUGAGAGUGAAAAGGAUUUCAAAUGAUGCCUUUUUACUGUACAGUGUAUGGUACAAAAGUUCAGUUUUUUGUCUCUCCCCUCCCCUGUAUAUGAACCUAGAAACAACUAGUUGUUGCUUACAUAUAAAAACCUUUUCCUCACGUCGCCUGCUAGAUAUCGGUUCUUGUCUGAAGCUGGGAUGCAGGUAUCGUCUGUUGAUUCUGACUAGCCUAGAUCAACACUCACUUCUCAGGUUCUUGCUGGAACGCCAGACCCGCAGUCAGCUCCUGCUGAAAAAAGCUUAGACCAGCAUCAUCUUAGCUGCCCUCCUGCCUCUUGUCUGUGUCUUUAGAAUUCCUGUUGUGAAACAUUGACCAUGAUGAGAUGGUAUCCUCCCUUUUAGUGAUUUUUAUGUACUUUGCCUGUGUGUGUUUAGAGCAGGGAAAGGUAUGAGGCUCAUUAAAGAGUUUGGAGGGGAGGGACUAUUUGCUGGCACUGGGAGUAACUGUCAUGUUUUGGUGACUGCAGAGGUACCCGGGGGCGGGGGGAGAGGAAGGAGGAACUUUAGACUCAAAGGUUCUGAUAUGUUUGUACUGUAAUUUCUAUCUAGUAUGAAAGAAUGACAUUUUGCACCUGAUAUAACUUUGGACCUUACCAAAUCUGACUUUUAAAACAGUAAGAGGACUGUAAAUUCUUGGGAUGAAAAAGGCAGUGCUGACAUCUUAAGUUCUUUAACUUCAUAGUUUCAUUCAUGUAACUCAGAUUUUAAUGUGCUUGAAUAUAGUAAAAAUUACACUACAGUAAUAAAUGGGUCAUUAAAACUUUUUUAAAAGCCCCUUUUCCCCUAAAGGUCGGUAUUCUUGUGUUUACAUAUGAAGAUCAUUUGCACCUUUACAAGGAAAACAAGUAUUCUGUAAACAAAUGUUUACAUGUAUCAUUUAUGCUUUUUUCUAGCAUGAGUAACUUGUAUAAAUAGUGCUAUCUUAAUAAAUUUCUUCUACGCUC